AAGCGCUAAUUGAACAUAUGUAUGCAUGUAUUUAUGUAUGUACAUAUAACAAAUAAACUGUAUCGAUUUGAGCUUUUCUCAACAAGUCAACGAUCCAAUUCGAACAGUUCAUUUCCAUUCGCGUUGUUUGUCACACGCUCCAUCGAUGCGCUAGCAAAUAUUACGGAAUAUCACGAUCGCCGGCUGGUCGGUCUGUCUAUGUGUUCUAAACGCUUCCUACAUAAAUAAAAAUAAAUUGAAAGUAAAGAAAUAAAUUGUAUAAAUUGAUCUACACAAACAUAUGUCAAUAGCAACGUAAUUAUCGUUCACUUAACGUCAUCAGCGUGCGUUCUUCUUCUUCUUCUGUUGACAUCGCUUGGCGGCGAGGUCAAGCGCUUAAUUUAAUUAAUACCUCUAAGCAAAGUGUUGUAGUGGAAACAAUUCUUAAAAAAAAAAAAAAAAAAAAGCGAGCUUCUCGUUUGUGCACUACCCGAAACAAAAAGCAGCAAAGCGACUAAAUCAGCGGGGGUUCGUCAGGUGGAUAUGCAUUAAGUGCUGUUGACAGUAGCAAUCAACCAAGAGCCAAUGGCAUAUCAACUGAAUUUACCGGCAACAUUACGACGCGGCUUCUUUGUUUCAGCGCUAGCGGCACUGCUGCUCGUCCUGCAGGCGACAGCCGUACAAAGCAUUGCAGCCGCCGACACUGCAAGCACCAAAACGCCCAAUGACUCGCCCGCGCUCAGUUUGACAAGCAAUACACCGCCGGAGCCGUCACCGCCACCGCGCACAUGCAACUCCAUUGAAGUGCGGUCGAGAAAGGAUUUUGCAUUGUUACAGAAUUGUACACGAGUGAUGGGCCACGUUACCUUGGCGCAAAUACAAUUGACGGCCGUGGAAGUAGUUAAGCGGCAAUUCGUCUCGAAGGUGGAGGAGAUUAGCGAUUAUUUGUUGGUACAUCGAGUGCAUGGCUUGGAAACCCUGCAGUAUAUAUUUCCAAAAUUGAUCGUUAUACGUGGCCGACACUUGCUCUUCGAUGAGUUUGCAUUGGUGGUGCAUGAAAAUCGUGAUUUAAGCAGUUUAGGCCUAGCAUCACUUAUGCGUAUACAAAAGGGUAAUAUACGCAUUGAGAACAAUCCAAAUCUAUGCUAUGUGGAUACGGUGAAUUGGGUGCAGUUAUUGGGCAAUAGUACACAGCAGCAUUUCUGGCAUAAGAAAAAUAAAUUUCAUAAUCAUUGUUCGCAUUGUCCACGCACUGCCAAUGAAAUCGCCCAGGAAGAAGACCUUUCGGAUAAGUUACGUAAGCAUUGCUGGAACUUCGAUCUGCCACAACUGGGCUUGCCCACUGAUGAUGACAAUUGUCGUAGGCUGUGUGGCGAUCGUAGUUGUGACAAGAAGGGUAACUGCUGUGAUCGGAAUUGUCUCAGCGACUGUGAUGGCAUGAAGUGCAGAUUGUGUGCAAAUUUGAAUUAUGAGAAACAAUGCGUAGACUCCUGCCCGUCCGAGUAUUAUGAGUAUCAGGAACGAGAUUGUAUAACCGCUUUGAAAUGUCGUAAACUGGGUUUAAUUCCGCACGCUGGCUCGUGUAUAGAGAAAUGCCCAAAAAAUUAUGUCAUCUCCUUUAUAAAAGACCAGAAGUCAUGUAAACAGUUAUGUAAUGGAAAAUAUAUUAUUAACACGGUAACGGAUAUUGAAAGUUUGAGAGGUUGUAGCAAAAUAGUUGGUUCACUCACUAUCGAAUUGACAGAUAUGAAAAUCAAAAUCAAUCACUUGGAUGCGGCAUUUUCUAAUGUUACCGAAAUCACGGGCUACCUGAAGGUGGUAAACUCGCCUCAAUUACUUUCAUUACACUUCCUACGCAAUCUAAUUACAAUACGAGGUGAAGAACUCAUUGAUGAUUUGUAUGCGCUCAUUGUGGUGGAUAACUUUCAUUUAUCGGAAAUUUGGGCGCCAAAUCAAAAUGUUGCCAUUUUGAAGGGCAGCAUUUAUUUUCAUCUUAAUCCUCGUUUGUGUCUCUACAAAAUACGUGAACUUCAAAAGUCGAUAAGAAGUGAAACUAAACCGAUUAAUACAGUGAAUGCGUCGCCACACUCGAAUGGCGAGCGGGUUGUUUGUAGCAGUGCCCCGAUCAAUCUAACGGUAACAGUAGAGGACUUCAAUUCAACCGCCGUACGCUUGAAAAUUGAUAUAUAUUUACUCUACAACAUACAAGUUAUACUUGGUUAUGUGUAUUACUACAAGGAGGCGCCAAUUCAAAAUGUUACCUACUACGAUGGACGGCACGGCUGUGGUCAUGAUUCUUGGCACAUGAAAGUGAAUCCCUCGAAAAACAUACGUUACAUCCUCACCAAUUUGAAACCGGCCACACAAUACGCUUACUUCGUGAAGACCCUGACCAUGACUAAUUAUCACAUGCAAAUGGACGGUUACUCACCCAUACAAUACUUCAGCACGUUGCCCAGCAAACCGGGUGCCGUGACAAAAAUCUAUUACUCGCCACUUAGUCUGAAUAAGAUUGUUUUGCAUUGGUGGCCGCCAAAGAGACGUAAUGGUGUUAUUGAUAGAUAUUUAAUUUAUCACGAAGAGACAGUUAUAGCGAAAAGUAAUAUUACGCUCGGCAAUCAUCCGGAAUUUCGUAGAUAUCCAACAACAUGCGAAUGCGAUGAAGUGCAACCCGAGGACAGUGGGCCGUUACCUGAUGAUGCAAAUUACUAUGAUAAGGGGAAAAUAGUUUACGAAGAAACUUUGCCAAAUUUACUUUUCGUUACGGGACGACGCAUUGCUAAUUCUAGAGUACGUCGUGAAAUUUCAGACACUCCCAAUACAUUAAAAUCCUUUUGGCGUGAUGUUAAAAGACGUGAAAUAUCAGAUGAAAAUGUUACCACCGAAAAAUCUACCCCAAAUGAUAAGAUUCUAUCUAAGGAAGAGCAAAUAAAGAAAGACGAUCAUGAUCUGCUAGAGGAAAGGAGAUCAGAUGAAAAUGUUACCACCGAAAAAUCUACCCCAAAUGAUAAGAUUCUAUCUAAAGAAGAGCAAAUGAAGAAAGACGAUCAUGAUCUCCAAGAGGAAAGGAAUCGCCAGGGAGAAGAAUUGUUCAACCGCUUUAUGAAGCAGCAAGAAGAGAAUGCGCGAAACACACAGGACACCGGAACUGAUGAUUUCCCAAUUAUUAAACAACGACCAAUAUGCCCGCUACCCGAUGCAUCAGUGCAAUAUCAAUUGCAAAAUAAUUGUCAAGUGCGGGAAAUGUAUAGGGGUAUCGUUGUGCCGGGCGACGUACACUCGUACGUUUUGGAAAAUCUGCAACCCGACAUAACCUAUCGCAUCACAAUACGUGCUUGUGUUGCUGAUUUAACAAAUAGUUGCGGCACUGAAACUGUCAUUUAUGCCGAAACCGUUUCCAAGAGUAUGCAGGCGUUUAUCGCGGGAUUGAAGGGUCCGGAUUAAGUGCAAAAAACAUGCAUGUUUAAGUGUAGUUUUCGAAAAAUGUUUUUUUUACCUUAAGCACAAUUAUUUUAGUUAUGUUUUUUUUAUAUAUUUUACUUAAUAAACCGUCAUUUUGAUUUCCAUUAAAACAUAAAAUAUUUUUGAUCUUCCUAAACUUUUUCUUACAUCGUGGCGACUUUGAUGUGUAUUAGUAUAUACAUAUGUACAAAUAUUCACACGGCGUCCGCAGUAGUCACGUGAGUAGCGUUCUCAAUUCCCCGCAAGCUUAUAUGCAAAUAUUGAAGAGUUUUUAGUACAACUUUUUUAAAAUUUACAUAAAAAAUUUCCGAUUAACAGAUAUCAUUUCUACUUCCGUUAGCAU